AUGGUUCGGCAUACGCAACACAUGUCCCAAGCGAAGAUAGAAAAAGAUUUCAUACUUGAACUCUGCAUGUACAUCAUGCGUAUGAUAAAAGAUGAUCGUUCAGCUGUAACACCCUUUCGGUGCCUGGUUGCUAUGCCACCCGAUGGAAGCACAAGGGUCGGAAAACCACCAUGUUGCCCAAACCUAGACAGAAGUAGUCGAGAUGCAAGGGUUGUGUCCGAAUCACAGAUCUUUCGAUCACUAAGUUCCCGUCAAAACCACAGCUAUCUCAGCUCUUUACUUCUAUCAGUCACUGUCCACUACUAA